CGGGGUGGGUGCACAGCCCAAGUCCGAGUGACCAAAAGCAGUCCGCUCCCCUCCGAUCAUUCUCAGUGCCUACCUUCACACACGCAAGCACCCUGAGCAACCUCUCACCAUUGGCCAGGUCCCCUAGCCCUCAGCAUCUCCAUCACGGCUGAAGGGACCAUUCAAGAAAACAGGAGACAGAGGUGGACUAUGAGGAUGUUGGCGAGGCUCAUAUUGGGACUCUUCGUCCUCAAAGCAGUGGUGGCCAACCCCAGAUUUGCCCGGCAGUUGGAAUUAGACACGUACGACAGCGCUAACUAUGAUGUGGAUCUAGAAAACUUGAAUUUAGAGAACCAGGAUGUCUAUGAUUAUGAAGAUGGACUGACUAUUGACGAACCUCAGAUAGAGAUUGGCACACUGGCCCCACCAGAUUAUAACUACCCUGGACCUGGGGGCCCUGCAUCACUGGAGGAGGAAGAGGAGGAGGAGUUGCCCCUAAGACCCCAGCUCAUCCCCCAAGGCUCAGGGGGGUCUGGGGUACUCAUGGGCCCCGACGCACAGGGAGAGGAGGAGCUGCGCCUGAGUCCCAUUGACAUUCUUCAUAUCUCCGGGGACUUCGGGGGUUCCACGGGUUCUGGAGGUUCCGGUGGCUCUGGGGUUUCCGGAGGUUCUGGGGGUUCCGGAGACCUUUUGGCUUCCGGUUCUGGAGACCUUUUGGCUUCCGGUUCUGGGGACCUUUUGGCUUCUGGAGGCUCAGGGGGUUCCAGGGAAAUUGGUUCAGCAGGUUCUGGGGAUCUUGGUUCUGGGGGUUCCAGGGUCCUUGGUUCCGGAGACUCUGGGGGUUCCGGGGACCUUGGAUCCGGAGACUCUGUGGGUUCCGGGGACCUUGGAUCCAGAGACUCUGUGGGUUCCGGGGACCUUGGAUCCGGAGGCUCUGUGGGUUCCGGGGACCUUGGAUCCGGAGACUCUGUGGGUUCCGGGUACCUUGGAUCCGGAGGCUCUGUGGGUUCCGGGGACCUUGGAUCCGGAGGCUCUGUGGGUUCCGGGGACCUUGGUUCUGGAAGCUCUGGGGGUUCCAGGGACCUUGGUUCUGGAGGCUCUGGGGGUGUCGGGGAUCUUGGUUCCCAGGGCUCUGGAGGUUCCGUCACCCUCCUAGGCUCAGGGGGUUCCGGGGUCAUAUUGGGUUCCAGUACUGGGGGUUCCGGAGGUUCUGGAGGUUCCGGGGACUCAGGAAUAAUAAUUAUAUCUGGAGAGGAGGAGCUGCCCCUCAUUCCUGACACUACCCCCCAGGAGGCAUCGGGUGCUUCUGGGGAGUCCGGGGCCUCUGGCACCUCAGGGGCCUCAGGGCCUGGGGGCUCCGACUCUGGUGUGUCAGAGGUCACAUUAAUCCCUGACCCUGAUGAAGAGGAGGAAGUGCUCCUGACUACUCCGAAAACCCCUCAGGAGUCUGGAGGUACAGUAGGCUCAGGGGGCUCUGGGUUGCCAGAGGUUGACUUGGACAUUAAAGGUAUGCCUACCUGCCUGCUGUGCACCUGUCUGGGUGGUUCUGUCUACUGUGAUGAUGUGAAGCUGACGAGCGUGCCGCCUCUCCCCAAAGAGACCACUCACUUCUACGCCCGCUACAACCACAUCACCAAGAUCAACAAGGGCGACUUCGCUCAGAUGAACAAGCUGAAGAGGAUCGACUUGACCGCCAACGAGAUUGCUUCCAUCGCUGAUGAUGCGUUCUCCGGCCUGCCCGUGCUGGAGGAGCUGGUGCUCCGUGAGAAUGGCGUGUCACAGCUGCCUGCCCUUCCGCCCGUGAUGACCCUUAUCGACGCCAGCCACAACAACAUUGGCGCCACAGGCAUCCACAAAGAGGCUUUCAAGGACAUGACGGGUCUGCUGUACCUGUACCUAACAGACAACCACAUCGACCACAUCCCUGUGCCCCUACCGGACAGCCUGCGCUCUCUGCACCUACAGCGCAACAACAUUCAGAUGAUCCACGAGGACACGUUCUGCAACCUGAAAGAUUUCAACUACAUCAGGAACGCACUGGAGGACAUUCGCCUGGACGGCAACCCCAUUAACCUCAGCAGGACCCCACAGGCCUAUGUAUGUCUGCCCCGCGUCCCCAUCGGAGCCCACAUCUAACCACACACUGAUCAAUACACACGCAUCUUCACACAGCUCAACUCAUUGUCUACGAGACAUAUGUACAUACCAUACACACACGUACCUAAUGGAGAAAGAUCCUAAAAGUUGUCCAGUCUCAGUUCAAUUGCAAUCUGCACAUACAGUAAACACCGGAAACACACUACCUACCUUCCCUAAUUUAAGCCUGGUCAGUUGUUGAUUGCAUACAUAACACACAGUGAGAGAGAUGGUGCGUAUCUCUCAUUCCUACACACACACACAAAUACACACCAGAUAACUUUUUGUCAAAAGCCAAACUGUUCAGCAACUUGAAGCAAACAAAAAGACAAGGAAAAUGUGACAUUUUAUUGAUCCAACAAUCAAACAUUGUUUCAUGUCUGUUCACGACUGGCAAUGACAACCAGUAAUAUUGUUUAAAUAUGUUUUUGUAAAGGAAAAAAUUAUAUUACAGAAAUCUAACACUAUUUAAAAAAAACUAUUAUACUAGCAUAAACUAAUUGAAGCUGAAGCUUACUGGAACGCUAAAUUGAAUAUCAAUGCAAUAAAAGAAGCAAUUAAACAA